AUGGCGGAGAAGGGGCCCUCGGGGAAGGGGGGCGGGGUGUGGGCGCUGCUGGGCGGGGGGCUGCUGAUGGCGUCGGUGGUGGCGGGGAACGCGCUGGUCUGCCUCAGCGUGGCGGCGGAGCGGGCCCUGCGGACCCCCACCAACCGCUUCGUCGUCAGCCUGGCCCUGGCCGACCUCCUCCUCGCCCUCCUCGUCCUGCCGCUCUUCAUCUACUCCGAGUUCCAGGGCGGGGUGUGGACGCUGGGCACGCGGCUCUGUGACGCGCUGAUGGCCAUGGACGUGAUGCUCUGCACGGCCUCCAUCUUCAACCUCUGCGCCAUCAGCGUGGACAGGUUCGUCGCCGUGUCGGUCCCCCUGAACUACGGCCGGCAGCGGAUGGACCGUCGUCAGGCGGUGUUGCUGGGCACGCCCUGGGCCCUGUCCCUGGCCUUGGCGGCCCCGGUGCUGCUGGGCCUGAACGACCGGGCCGGACGGGACCCGCGCCGGUGCCAGCUGGAGGACCGGGACUACGUCAUCUACUCCUCCGUCUGCUCCUUCUUCGUGCCCUGCCCGCUCCUCCUCCUCCUCUACUGUGCCACGUGCCGCGGCCUGCGCCGCUGGGAGGAGGCGCGGAGGGCCAAGCUCCGCCGCGGCCCGGGCGCCGCCCGCCGGCCCCCGCCCCCCGGCCCCAUCCGCACCGUGUGCCGCCCGGGCCCGACGCCCGCCGGGCCCCGGAGGAAGCGGGUCGGGAUCACGGGGCGGGAGAGGAAGGCCAUGCGGGUGCUGCCCAUCGUCGUCGGGGCCUUCCUGUUGUGCUGGACGCCCUUCUUCGUGGUGCACAUCACGCGGGUGGUGUGCGCGUCCUGCGCCGUCCCGCGCCAACUGGUCAGCAGCGUCACGUGGCUGGGCUACGUCAACAGCGCCCUCAACCCCAUCAUCUACACCGUCUUCAACGCCGAGUUCAGGAACUAUUUCCGCAAAGUGCUGCACCUGACCUGCUAGGGCGAGGGGCGGGCGAGGCCCGGGCCGGGAGCCGGACCCCGGGGGAGGCGGAAGCUCAUCAAAGGGCACUCUGGUCUUCUCUCCCGGGGUUUCAGUCGUCCGAUCGUAUUUAUU